AUGAGUGCAACCGGAUUGCAAGAAAUUCCUUUAAAUGAAUACAGUAACUUACAACAACUAAAAUCGUUAAUGUUAUUUAAUAAUAACAUUAAAAGAUUAGGAGCGAAUGCUUUUAAAGGUGCUGCUAAUUUACAAUUAUUAGAAUUAAGCAGCAAUCAAAUACAAAUUAUACAUGAGAAUACUUUUCAGGGCAUGAACAAAUUAUAUGUUCUUAAUUUGUUUAAAAACAAUUUAUCGGAUAUCACCAAAGAUACAUUUAAAUAUGCAAAUAAUUUAUCUAUUCUACGUUUAGGAUAUAAUCCACUAUUAAGGCUCCACGAUUACGCUUUUGAAAAUAUGACAAAUUUAAGAAUUUUAUUUCUAAAUAAUUGCAAAAUACAGAAACUGCCUAUUAAUUUGUUUGAAGGCUCAACAAAUUUAGAAGAUUUAAAGUUUAAUAACAACCAUCUAGCAAUAAUUCCUACCAAAUUGUUUAAUUCAUUAACUAAAAUGAAAAAACUAAGACUGGAUCACAACAACAUUUAA